CCCGCCCGCUCACUCACGCCGACAACCCCCCCCACCCCCAAACCACCAUCAACCCUCAAUCACAAUGUCAAUCCAAUCCCUCCUAACAAAACUCACAUCCUCCUUUCCCCCACUCUCCUACCUAACAACCUCCUCCCGCUUCCCCACAACACCCCUCACCACCUCCUCUGGCCCCCACGUCGCCCGUAUCGCACUGAGAAUUGAUAGUGAGGUGGGGAUGGAUGUGUUAACGUAUGCGGUGGAUAUGGGAAUGACGUUUUGGGAGGUUGGAGAGGGAGGGUUAGGGAGUGUUGGUGCGUGGUUGGGGGAGGAGGGGGAGGGGAGGGAGAGGAGGGGGGAGCUGUUUUUGGCGGCCAACAUCCCGAACGGCACAGAGGCGGCUGUGGUGGGAGCGUUAUUCGAUACCCUCAACACAUCCUGGCUGGACCUGCUUUACGUUCCCUGUAACGCCGAGCACGUCACCCUACCCACCGAUGCGGAUGGAUUGACGAAUGAAGCCUUCACGGGGCGGGUCCGGUAUAUCGCACUCGAGGCACCCACCGCGGAGGAGUUGCGGUAUUUCUCUCCACUCCUCCGAUCGCCGCCUGCGGUCCGGAUCCGUUCUCGAUCGGGUAUGGAAAAAGUAGGAGAUGAGCAGGCGAAGGACCUGGUUGAGGUAGCCAGGGAGUUGGGUGUGGGGUUAAUCGUCGAUGAUGAUGUUGAGGUCGAGACGGGUGGGAGUGAGAUGGUUGUGUGGGUUAGGGUGUGUGGGGGGAUGAGAGAUUUGGAGGAGGUGGUGAGGAGGGUUGAGGAGGAAUGAGCAAUCCGGUAUAGUUUUAGGUUUGGAGGUGAAUAUCGUGAACCUGAGGGCCGUGCGCGAGCCGGU